AUGUCCCUUGAGGUGCCAAGGUGUCCCUCUCCCGUGCAUUGGACAAGGAGGAGCUCUGCAAUCCGGGAGGCCCAUGAGGCGCCGAAAGCGCGCAAUUCCAAGACCUCCAGGAGGAUUCAAUUUGGCUGCACAGCGGCACUUGUUUCGGCCGGGACGGGCAUUUCCAGAACAGUCUUCAGGACACGGCAUGUCAGAAGACAGAAGGGUGUAGCUGCGCCGUCCCCCAAGAUGCAGGUCAAACCGAGCAGUGUCUACUUUCUUCUCGUUGUAUCGUGCUUGAGUCUUCUAGGAUUGACGAUGCCGAUGCCAGCGUACCCGACCAUUCGGGCGCAAUAUCAACUUUCCACCGCGCAGACAGGCUUUGUGUCUUCUUGCCUGUCUCUCGGAAUGCUCUUUGCAGUGUCGAUCUUGCCGAUCUGCAGCGAUUCCAUGGGCCGUCGUAAUGUCUUGAUGUUUUCGAUGUUUUGCACUUCCUUUCUCUUCGGUUUUCAGGUCUACGCGCUGCAACACCUGACCUUCUGGCACUUCCUGGCAGCUCGCUGGUUCACCGGGCUCUUCGCUGGCUGCAAUCCGAUCUUCAAGGCCUACUUGGCAGAUGUGGUGCCAGCUGAACGAUUGCCGCGCUUCAUGGUGUUUCGGGAAGCCUCUGCCACAUUUGCCUUCAUCAUUGGGCCUUUGCUCGGCGGCUAUAUGAUCAAGGAAAUGGGCGUCAAGGGCCCGUUCUUGCUGACAUGUCUAUGCCACAUGGUUGGCUUUGGAUUGCUCUUAACACAAGUUGAGGAAGCAGAAAAACACAGCGUCACGGAGGAAGAGACGGACGCGAACAAUAACCAAGUUGAGGAACAGAAGGACGACUUGUCAGUGGUGACACAGGUUCUUCUGAUGUCAUUCUUCUAUGUAAUCAGCCAGACAUGCUUCUCCUUCUUCACGCCCCUCUUGUUGCACGACGCCUCUGGCAUUUUCAGAUCUGAACCUCAAAGAAUUGGGCUGUAUCUCACCAGUGCAAGUGUUUCCGUCUUGUUUUUUCAGUUGGGAGUCUACAAGCCUCUGCAGCAGAAAUAUGGCCUGGAGACAGUUGGCUGCAUUGGUGCGAUAUGUAUUUGUUUUGGCCUGUGGCUGCUGGCCGUUGGAAGCGUGCCCAUGCUUGCAAUAGGCGGCUUGCUGUAUGCCUUUGGUUCGGCCACGUUCCCUGCAACAGUUCCCACCUUGUUGGCGGCGAGCGUGCCAAAGCAUCAUCGGGGCCGAGCAACUUGGCUAGGGCCAGACAUCGUGGCGGAGAUCUUGGCAUUGAUCUUAGUCCCACAGCUCCGCGAGUGCGUUAUCCGAGUCUCCAGUGCCUUCAGCUUCUUCAUGAAGCGAGCACAGAUGGAAGGAGCCGAUGCUUCACCUGGAGGCUUUCCCUUCGGCCUUGGCUCAUCCUCGUCUUCGUCCUCGCAGUUCUCUCCCUUGCUCAGAGAUCUCAAGAGCGAGGAUGGCCAGAAGCAGCUGGUGGCUCUUACAGAGCUCGCAGAGCAGCUCAGUUUCAGUUCCGAGGAGGCAUUGAUCUCCUUUCCCAUGGAAACGUUCAUCCCUUUGUUGGUGAACCUCCUGGGAAAUCCAGGCCAUGGCGAUGAGACCACCGGACAGGUCAUGUUGCUGGCCUGCCGUUGCCUUUACAAUGUGGUGGACAUCCUGCCGCCGACUGCUCGCAUCAUUGUGGGCCAUGGUGGCCUCUCGGUCCUUUGCGCCAAUCUUCUGAACAUUGAGUACAUCGAUGUUGCAGAGCUGACUGUCUCAACAAUCGAGCUCAUAUCUCAGGAUCAGCCAGUACAAGUGCUGAAAGCGGGUGGUUUGGAGGCAAUCCUCACCUUCCUGGACUUCUUCCAAAUCUCCGUCCAGCGUCAAGCCGCCCAUGCUGCAGCCCUGAUGCUUCAAGCGGUGACACCUGCGCAAGUUUUCGAGCAGCACGUGAAGCCGGUGUUGCCGACCUUGGCACAAUUGUUGCAGCACUCUGACCCACAGGUGCUGCACUCCAUCUGUGAAUGCUGGCGCAGAGUUAUUGAUGGAUGCAUCACAGCCCAUGAACGUCCCAAAGAAGACCCUGGCACGUUAGGCUCCUUAGUCUCACGCUUUGCUGCUGAAGCUCGCCUUCGUCUUGGUGCAGAGAAGCGUCCGGAGGAGGAGGACGAGGAUGAGGACGAGGAUGACGACGAUGAGCCGCCAAUCCCCGCAAUGCCGGCACCUCCCGUCAGCGAGACUCCAGCGGUGACCACAGAAAAGCUGUCGGCCAGCCUGAAGGAGGUCCAACCCACGGUGAGGUCUUGA